AGUUAACGCGCUGGUGUGACGUUCACUUCACUUCCGUGCACCAUGCCGACCGACACCAAGCGUGUGCGCGGCCCAGAAGUCUCCCAAAGCCCGUCUCUGUUUUCGGACAAGCCGGCGGACGUUGUCCCGUCGCGGGGCCCGAGAGCGGACGGUCGGCAGCGGGAGCAGGUGGACGUUCGGCCGGUGUUCGUCCGCUGCGGGCCGGUGAGCCAGGCGAAAGGUUCCGCGUACAUCGAGGCUGGGGACACGAAGGUGAUGUGCUGCGUUUACGGACCCAGAGAAACUGAACGGAAAGAUGAGACUGAUAUGAAGUGUGGAAGGUUGACCACCGACAUGCGCUUCGCUCCGUUUUCCUGCCCGGAGAGGGGCUCGUGGAUUCAGGGCAGCCAGGAGAAGGAUCUCUCCCUGAUGCUGCAGGAGAGUCUGCAGUCGGCCGUGUGCCUCCACAAGUAUCCCCGCUCUCAGAUCGAGGUCAACGUGAUGGUUCUGGAGAACAGCGGCUCAGUCCUGGCCCACGCCGUCACAUGCGCCUCCCUCGCCCUCGCCGACGCAGGGAUCGAAAUGUACGACCUGGUGCUCGGUUGCUCGAUCCGCCAGGACGGCGCUUCCUACGUGGUUGACCCUUCUUACGCGGAGGAAAACAGCCGCAGCUCCGGCGGCGGCGGGAACCAGGGCGGGCUGACUGUUGCCUUCCUCCCCAGCCUGAACCAGAUUUCUGGGCUGCAGUCAGAUGGAGAAAUGACCCAAGAGACUCUGACAGCUGGGGUUCGGACCUGCAUUGAGGGAUGCUAUAAACUGUACCCGGUUAUUCAACAAGCUCUCACCAAGGCUGUGCGCAAGGCUGCUCCCCCGCCAUCGGAGAGCUGAGACACUCUUUUAACAGCUCAAUUCUCAAGAGCUCGUACGCCGGCGACAAAACCUAAUUUUCUAUAUUUGCUAGUAUGUUCUUUAAAUAAAAAUGAAUAAGACUGA